AUGGCACCUAUCACCCAAAUCGAGUAUUUUCGAGUCCCCCCACGAUGGUUGUUUGUCAAGAUCACCGAUGGCGAUGGCAACACUGGCUGGGGUGAAGCCUCCCUUGAAGGUCACACGGAGGCAGUGGAAGGCUGCUUGGACGCCUUCACGGCUCGCUUUCACGGCUUGGAUGCCAAUGCAAUCGAGCAUAUCUGGCAGAAUGGCUAUCGCAUGGGAUUCUAUCGCGGAGGACCAGUUCUGAUGAGUGCCUUGGCUGGGAUUGAUAUUGCCCUUUGGGAUCUCAAAGCGCGCCGACUGGGCUUACCCAUCUACGAACUCCUGGGCGGCAAAGUUCGGGAUCAAUUGCGAGUAUACGCCUGGAUUGGAGGCGACCGACCGGGGGAUGUUGAGGUGCAAGCACGCGCACGAAUCACGCAGGGGUUCAAGGCGAUUAAAAUGAACGCUACCGAGGACCUGGGCUGGUUAGAUUCCCCCCACACCUUGGAUACAUCGGUCGAGCGUCUCAAGACUGUUAAGGCACUUGGCCUGGACGCGGGCGUAGACUUCCACGGGCGCGUGCACAAGGCGAUGGCGAUCCAGUUGGCCCACAAGCUCGCCCCGCACGAGCCACUGUUCAUCGAGGAGCCACUCCUGUCCGAGCACCCGGAGUCAAUCGCCGCCCUGUCCAAGCUGGUGCCCAUCCCUAUUGCGCUGGGGGAGCGCCUGCACAGUCGGUGGGACAUCAAGCCGUUCCUGGAAUCUGCAUCGGUCAGUAUUCUCCAGCCGGAUAUCUGCCAUGUGGGUGGCAUUUCGGAGCUGCGUCGGAUGGCGACCAUGGCGGAGGCCUACGAUGUGGCCUUGGCUCCCCACUGUCCGCUGGGUCCCAUUGCCCUCGCGGCCAAUUUGCAGGUCGAUGCCGUCUCGGCCAAUUUUGCGAUCCAGGAGAUGAGCGUGGGGAUCCACUACAACCACGGCUCAGCGGAUAUUGGCACGUAUGUCAAGAAUCCUGAAGUCUGGACGGUGCAAGACGGCCUGAUUCGGUUGAUGGAUGGUCCCGGACUGGGGAUCGAGCUGGAUGAAGAAAAGAUCCGGGCUGCAGCGGUGGAUGCCACUGCCUGGCGAAGUCCAAGCUUUCAGGCACAAUUUCCAAGAAAGGGUAGAGAGCAAACCUCGAUCCACGCUCUCUUGGUGAACAUUAUGCUGACUCGGAAUGAUAGAAAGAAGCUACGCUGCUCAGGGACGCUGCCAUGUUCCCUCUGUCAGCGCACCGGCAAACCAUGCGACUACACAGCCGAGUACAACCGGGGAAAGCUCCCUCCCAUUCCCUCUCGUGAACAGCCCAAUACUCCUCCCAGGACAGAGACCACCACCACCACCGACUUCCCCCUCGGAUCUCCAGCCUCGCCAGUCAGAGAGAAUGGCUUUGUGAACGAGGCUCCCUCUGGCGGCUCUCCUGAAGCACAUCAGACCGAUAUGGAGGGUCACUAUGUAGGACCUUCGUCAGGGGUUUCCUUUCUGAUUCGAGCCCAGAGGAGACUGCAAGAGCAGAUCUCCCUCCCGAUCAAUGCCCCUAUCUUCAGCUUUGGUGACGCCCCGUUGUCAAAGCUGGACCCGGCUUUUCUGCUGCUUCCGCCUCGAUCUGAAGCCGAUAUCCUCAUUGCUCGAUACUUUGAUUUCGCCUUCCCGACCCACCGCUUUCUCCAUCAGGCCCAGGUGGAGGGAUGGGUCUCCGAGUUCUAUGGUCCCCUACAGGACUCGGCGGUGGCGGGGCCUGGCAAGCGCGCCAUUCGAGCCUUGGUUUUGAUGGUCCUGGCUCACGCGAAGCAGUGUUUACCAGAGUCAGAUCAAGGGAUCGGAGCGUCGGUCAACGGCACCCUCUACCUGGCGGCCGCGGAGCAUCAUCUGGCUGCAGAGACUGGCCCGGUGCGCUUGACGAGUGUGCAGGCCCGCUUGGCCCAGUGCUUCUACCUUCUGUCGCAGUCUCGCAUCAAUCAUUGUUGGAGUCUGUUCGGGACGACCGCCCGCCUGGCCAUCGCCAUUGGCCUUCAUCGGGCUCGCAGGAGAGACCGGGGAUCUGGCUUCGAUUGCGUGGAGGGGGAGUGCCGAAAACGCGUCUUCUGGUGUGCGUAUAGUCUCGACAACUAUCUCAGUGCCGCUCUAGGCCGUCCGCGCAUCUUUCAUGACGACGAUAUUGACCAGGAGCUCCCCUCGGUCGCAAAUGACAGCCACAUUCUAGCCGACCAGAUCCUCCCGGCGACGACAUCGGCUCAGAGCAUUAUGCUGGCCCCCGUCUAUCAUGCCAAGCUGUCGGUCAUUAUUGGGGGAAUCUUACAUGAUGUCUACGGGCCCCGGCGGGCCAGCGGGCAGGUGGAAGCGGCAGCGGCCGCCAAAUACGGGGCCAGUCUGUCUCGCUGGCGUCAGGAGCUAUCGGGAUUCCUUGAUCUGGCAAAUGUUGAUCUGCUCAUGCUGACCUACCAACGACAGUAUACCGUUCUCAAUCUCGCUUUUUACCAUGCGCAGGUCCUACUAUACCGACCCUUCAUUCUGAAAGACUUUGGUCACUCCACCGUCACCCGCCCUCAGAAUGACAAAUCAUUUGAAUCGGUCCGAAAGUACACUGGACUGUGCCUGGAGGCUGCCAUGAAGAUCGCAGCAAUCGUCCGUGAGUUAUGCGACCGGGGCAGAAUGUAUUCUACCUUCUGGUUUACCCAUUACUACACAUUUUCCGCGAUUGUCGUCCUCUACGUCCAUGUGGUCCAGGGCUCUACACAAGUGAAUCGACCGGACCGACUGGACUGGUAUCUUCGGAUUGCUGAGCAAGCCCAGCGGGAUCUCGCCUUCUGCGGCUCGCGCUCCUCGUUUGCACAGCGCUACGUGCUAGUGCUCGAGGAACUUCGGCAAGAAGCUCGAACAGCGAUCAACCAUACUCGUUCGGGGGUAUUAGGAAGCCAGACUGUCUUCUCAUCUGGUCUGGGCCAACCACCUCCAUCACAGCACGGACAUGGCAGCACCGGACCCGAUGGAGCUGCAGAAGCCAGUGUGGGCGAAGCCUUGUUCGGCCUCCAACCUCUGCAGACCGGGGCAAAACCUGCGGACAACCAGUGGAUGGACCUGACCUCUGUGCACCUCCACCCGCAGCCCUCGCACGGCAACCCUACGAACGAUGCACUCGGUGGGACAGUGAUUAUGAAUAUUUCCGACUGGGAAGCCUUGGACUCGCUAGCAGUUGCUGGACUAGGAGAGCUGGACUAUCUUUUUCCUCUGGAUGAAUUUCAAGGUGUCUAG